GGGCGUGGUCUAAGGUACUAUUGGUCCUACGAGGAAAACUGGCCGCUCCUAAGCGGCGGAGGCGGGGGGGAAAAGACAGAAACAGGAGUUGCUAGGCGACAGAGGUUACGAUGCAAGCCGGCUUUUCCUGUUCUCCGGUUAGCCGGAAGUAUCAUCCGUAUAGAACCAGGGAAUUCUGGGACUGCCUCCCCCGGAAAGUUCGGAUGGCGCUAAUUCUGUUAUCCUUCAGUGCAGCCGCAAACCACCGACUGCUCCCCCCCCCCAUGCGAUGGACGAGGGUGAUAGAUGAGUUUUGUGCUAAGAUUCAAUGACCAGCAAGGUAUCAGAAUGAUCUGGAAUAAAAGAUAUAUGAAGUUAGAUAUAUGUUUCAGACAGCUCUCUGGUUUCACAUUAAGAGCAGGGCUGCAUAAAAAUGGUAUUUGGAUAAAGAAGCGCAAUUGGUUUGACAUUCUGUGCCCAAUAUACAUGAACUUUUAUUUUGCCUGCCUGAUCAUACCUUGGAAUGUAGAGGAAUUCUCAAGAUAGCCCUAGUGAAUGAAGUUGCUUUUCCAUCAUCACUAUGCCCGGCCGCCAGUCUGGAGGUUCCAAGGCGAAGUCGCGGCACAACCCAGUCCAGUGUCGGACCCCACCGGCUGCGGAGGACUCGCCAGCAUUGCUCGCCCUCUCCCCCGCUCUCUCCCCGCAGCCUCGAAGCCAGCUCGCCCGCCAGGUCACAAGAGGCAGAAGGACUGUUGCCGGAGGGGGGCCGCGUCUCUCUCGCAGGUGCUAUUUUGUGGGUUCGUGUCGUCUGGCUUCUUUCCUUCUCUCCGGGCCUCCUCGGGACGGGCGGGCCCGGUGCAGCCGGGCGUGGAGGUGUCCGUGGGCGGCGUGCCCGGGGGGGCGUCGCGGGUGGAGCUGUGCGACCUCUUCGAGGCAGCUGUGCCGGGCGUGGUGGUGAAGAUGGCCCUCAUGAAGCAGUUCGCCUUCAUCCACCUGCGCGACGAGGUGGCGGCCGAGCACGCCAUCCAGAAGCUCAACGGGCACCUCCUGUACUGCCACCGCGUGGUCGUGGAGUUCUCCCGCCCGAGGCCCACCCACACCGUCAAGACCUUCGUGGGCAACGUCUCGGCCGCCUGCAACAGCGGCGAGCUGUGCAUCCUCUUCCAGGAGGUCGGGCCCGUCAUCGAGUGCCACAUCGUGAAAGGAGUGGGAGAGGCGAGCUUGUGGCCUAGAAAUUUACUCUGUACAUGCUCAGAGGUGUUGUUACGUUCUCCAUUCCCGGCUGCGAUCCCAGCAAUUGAAACCAACUCAGCUGUAAGGAGCCCCAGUUUGACUAGCCGUCCCGCCGUGGCUGGGUUGACUUUACACAAUUGUUGGAUGUCCGGAGAAGCCAUUGAUGAGCUGCACGAGAGGUACUUGGAGAAGUUGACCCAGCUCUUUGAGGAGCACAAGGCCAAGUACGGUCUGCCCCAA